CAACAAUCUUACUGAUGUUCAAAAGUCAUGAAUGAACUCUAUCUUUAGCAGUUACCAAAGUUCCUAAGGUACCUUGCAAUACUGUCUUGACAAAAGUCGACUUAAACCUCACAGAUAUUGAUCUCCCUGCCAUGGACACAGCAGCGUUUUGUUUAGUCUCCUUCUUCUCCUCUCCUGUCACAAGCAAUCACCAUCACGAUGGUACGACUUAGCCUAGCUGCCUUCAUCGCCUUGGCAGCCUCAUUGGCAACGGCCGUAGUCCCCAACUCACCCCGCUUCGAUCUCUCCAAGCCCUCCUACGACCUCUUCCGCCACAAGACCCUACACGACGACACCGUCCAGCAAAGCUUCGCCUUUGACAACACCAACCGACGCCUCUUCGUCGCCCAGCGCCGCAACGGCGCCUCGCCCGAGUCCGGCGACCUCUGCAUCACCCAGCUCGACUUCUCCGGCAAACAGCUCGGCUACAUGCACCUAAGCGGCUUCGGCCACGGCGUGUCCUUCGGCGCACAGGCCGAUGGCUCAGCAACAUACCUCUGGACCGAGGUCGACGCGAAUAGCAAGGGCUACGGCAAGCGCCUGGCACGCUUCAAGUUCGGCAGCGGCACCACCCUGUCCAGCACCUCGGGUAAAGAUAAACUGCAAAAGUUUACCCCCGUCCCGGAUGCCACGGAACACACCUGCUCCAUCGACCCCGUGCACAACCGUCUGGUCGUGCGGUACAACCUGAGCGGCAAGGACAAGGGGAAGUACAUAUCCGUCUACUCCCUGACGGACGCCAUAAAAGGGAACUUUUCCUCCCCAUUAGCAAAUUUUAAACAGCCCCUCCCAAAGACACAAGGAGAGAAUUUUCAGGGGUACACGGCCUACGGCCGGUAUUUGUAUCUGCUGUGGGGGGACUCGUACGACGCGAGCGGACGCAAGGUCAACUCGGAGCUUGCCAGCGUCGACUUGAACACGGGGAAAGUUGUGCAGGGUCCGUUGAUUACCAAGGCUGGGUCGACGCUUGAGUUUCGUGAGCCUGAGGGACUGGCGGUUUACAAAACGGCCGAUGGGCAGGUGAGGUUGUUUUUGGGCUUUGCGUCGGGUAAGGCGGGGGAUAGGAGGUCGAAUUUGUUUUACAAGAACGUGACGGUUGCUUAAGGGCAAGUGGUUGGAAUGGGUUUGGAAUUGGGUGUGCCUAAUCUUAGAUUCAGAGCGAUCUAUCCUGGUUGUGGGUAUGGAAAGAGAAAAUGUAGAAUCAGGGG